GCAGUGGGCCAAAGAAUCUGUUCGCUGUUAAGGAUAUUCUGGCUUUGCGUUGGUAAACUUGAUAGACUAGAUGGCUGUUUGGGUUCAAAACUUGCCCAAGAAAAAUCUUGGUCAAAUUUCUGUUCAUUCACUGCCCCAUUUGUCUGUUAGUUACCCAUUGUGGGGGAAUUCUAAUGAAGACUAGAUUACGCACUCUUUAUCCGAUAUAAGCUUGAAAGUUGAAUCUCCAUUCAAAUCUUGUCCCGGUGCAAAGUAUUUAGUUCAGCAACUACCAGUUCUGGAAUCAUCCUCAGUUCAAUCAAUUGGUCAACCUCAUCAUGAAGUGGGUGUCCUGGGAGGGACCAAUUCUAAGUGCAAUUCAUCAGAAUCUGGUGAAGAUGAAUAUUGUGAAAACAGCAUUGAGUGUCAAAUGAAGCCAGUUUUCGUUCUCAGCAAUCCAGACCCUAUGUUCAAUCCUUCACAUAUUACUAAUACCCAUCCAAUGUCUUCUGCUCAGUAUCCUUAUGCUGAUGCUUACUAUGGUGGGUUAUUAACUCCAUAUGGACAACAUGUUCUUCCCCAGAUGGGACCACAGAUGGUGGGUACUCCACCUACACGAAUUCCGCUGCCCUUUGAUCUUGCAGAAGAUGGACCCAUUUAUGUGAAUCCAAAGCAAUAUCAUGGGAUUCUCAGAAGACGACAAUUUCGUGCAAAGCUUGAGGCACAAAACAAACUUGUCAAAAGUCGCAAGCCAUACCUCCAUGAAUCCCGGCAUCGCCAUGCACUAAAUAGGGUCAGGGGAUCAGGUGGACGUUUUCUCAGCACCAAAAACCUCGAACAACCUGACCAAAAGAAUGGAAACUCAGAAUUCGAAAGUCAGUGCUUGGAAACUGUUGAAUAUGUUGGCUUAAUGACAACCUGCCCUGACACCUCGAGUGGCUCUAAUGGUGAUAUGAAUUUCCGGCAGCAGCCAGAACACAGGUCCUCAGGCAUCUCUCCUCAUGCUGGUGCAAACAUGCAAAGCAGUGGGAACCUUAUGUCCAAUGGGACCAAGCAUAAUGUCCGGUGACAACCCGGAUCAGGCAAUUCAUCCUUGGCUUUAUCACUCUACCUUUUUGUUACUCAUGUUUACUUUGGAAAACUUCUCAGGACAUCUAAUCAUCCCAGCUACUUCAUGUUUUCUUGCAUAUAUUCUAGGGAUGCCAAUAUGGCAGAUAAGGGAUUGUGGUUGAGACUUACUUUGAUGAUACUUGACUCGGUAAUUAUUAGGUUGUUAAUUAAUUACUUUAAAAUGACUGGAAAUUGGA